UCAGCUCACUGCAACCUUCGCCUCCUGAGUUCAUGCAAAUUCUCCUGCCUCAGCCUCUCGAGUAGUUGGGAUUACAGGUGUACACAACCACACCUGGCUAAUUUUUGUGUUUUUAGUAGAGAUGGGGUUUCACUAUGUUGGCCAGACUGGUCAAAAACUCCUGACCUCGUGAUCCACCUGCCUCAGCCUCCAAAAGUGCUGGGAUUACAGGUGUCGGCCACCGCGGCCAGCCCAGAGGUUAAUAUUUUUUGUCCAUGUUCUCUUACAAAUAAAAUUUCUAGAGACAUGAAGUCAGUUUGCUUGAGAAAUGAAAUAGUGACUUUUCAAACAUUUACAAAAACUAUGAAUUUGAUAAAUCAUCCAAAACAAAAUAUUUAGACCAGAUUUUUUGUUGUUGUUAAUGUUAAAAUGUGACUGAUUCUUAAAUUUGAGUACAAAGCACAUAUAUGUUUAAUGUCACUUUGUCUGACUAACAUUUCAGGUAACUAUAGAAUAUAUCUCCAUUUUAAAAGUAUUCUUUCAUGUGUGGUGUCUCUUUUUUCUUUGCUCUUUUACACCUUUCAGCUAACAAAGCAUUUCCCCUCUAUUCUUCUCUGUUGCACAGUGACUGUUUCUAGAUCACUGAAUUUAGAUACAUUCCUAGGUGAAAACUGCUAAUGGCAUUUUUAAAUUAUUAUUUUUUUCUUCUCUAUGUAUUUUUAUUCCAGAGGGGGAGGGGAAAAUAAAUUUGGUUUCUGUAGUCUUUUUCCCCCCUCUGGAGAUGAGAAAGUUGAUAAUAUGCUACUUUGCUGCAGAAUUGGCUAAUGUCAUUUUACAGGGACCUUCACUUCUGUGAUUUCUCCUUCCCUCCCCACCAGGAAAGUCACACUGCCUCCAAGACAUCUGAUGCUUUGACACUCUUCCUUAGCACAACUCUGCUAAACCCAAAUCCCUUUUGUAAAACCUUUAUGUUGAUGAUCCACAUGGGGCAGCAGGGAUUACAGGUGCCAUGAAUAAAAAAUAGGGGAUGGGGAAAAAACUUGAGGACUGUUAGAGGGGUGGAGUUGAGAUAAACUGAUUCUAGGUGAGAAGAGGGGAAAGGUGUGUCGGUGGUUGUGAAUGUAAUUGGGAAAAAGGGAAACUGUGAAAAGGACAUCCCUGUUGGGAAGACUAAGAGGCAGAAUAAGGGGAGGGAAAACUCUUCGGUGUCCUAAGCUAAUUAAAAAUUGCUUUUCUGUUGGGGACCAGUGUUGAAGUGUUCUGAUCCUCCCUAGAAUACCUGUAUCUUUUCUAAGUUUGUCUUUAAUUAGAUUCUAUAAUUUGAAAUAAAAUAUAGUGGAGCCUCCUGUAUACGCAUAUGCUGUUUCUAGGUUUAUUCUCUGUUGAUGCUUAAUAGCAUGAUGAAAAACUGAGCCAUUUGUGCUCUGUGUUUUGUGGGGUGGGGGUUUGUUUUAUUUUGUUUUGAUGGAAGUAUUUAAGCCAAUUUAAAUAUGAGGAUUAAGUCUGGCAGGCAAACUCUUUGUAUUUUGUAUUAGACUUCAAAAUCUUUUCUUCUUCUUCUUCUUUUUUUUUAAAUCCAGGAGAAUGCUUUAUUGCAACUUUUAGCUGACUAGAUGCUUAACUUAGUAACAAGUUUAGCCCUUGUAACUGGCUAGCUAAAAGCAAAUCGGCUUGUUUCUCAGAUCUUUGGGGGAUAGCAAGAAACAUUUGAGUGAAUGUUGUUGAAGAUUUUCAGUAGUAUAGAAAAUGAUGGCGCUCUUGUGAUAUUUGUAAGUACAAGCAAGGAUUUGGCACAGACAUCCUAUUUCAUGGCUACCAACAGUCUGCAUCUUACAACCUUCUGUCUUCAGUACAAACCAACAGUGAUAGCAUGUGUAUGCAUUCAUUUGGCUUGCAAAUGGUCCAAUUGGGAGAUUCCUGUGUCAACUGAUGGAAAGCAUUGGUGGGAAUAUGUGGAUCCUACAGUGACUCUGGAAUUAUUAGAUGAGCUAACACAUGAGUUUCUACAAAUAUUGGAGAAAACGCCUAGUAGGUUGAAGAAGAUUCGAAACUGGAGGGCUUGUCAGGCAGCGGCUAAGAAACCAAAAGUAGAUGGACAGGUAUCAGAGACACCACUUCUUGGUUCAUCUUUGGUCCAGAAUUCCAUUUUAGUAGAUAGUGUCACUGGUGUGCCUACAAACCCAAGUUUUCAGAAACCAUCUACAUCAGCAUUCCCUGCUCCAGUACCUCUAAAUUCAGGAAAUAUUUCUGUUCAAGACAGCCAUACAUCUGAUAAUUUGUCAUUGCUAGCAACAGGAAUGCCAAGUACUUCAUACAGUUUGUCAUCACACCAGGAAUGGCCUCAACAUCAAGACUCAGCAAGGACAGAACAGAUGUAUUCACAGAAACAGGAGACAUCUUUGUCUGGCAGCCAGUACAUCAACUUCCAGCAGGGACCUUCUGUAUCACUGCAUUCAGGAUUACAUCACAGACCUGACAAAAUUUCAGAUCAUUCUUCUAAGCAAGAAUAUACUCAUAAAGCAGGGAGUAGUAAACACCAUGGGCCAAUUUCUGCUACUCCAGGAAUAAUUCCUCAGAAAAUGUCUUUAGAUAAAUAUAGAGAAAAGCGUAAACUAGAAACUCUUGAUCUUGAUGUAAGGGAUCAUUAUAUAGCUGCCCAGGUAGAACAGCAGCACAAACAAGGGCAGUCACAGGCAGCCAGCAGCAGUUCUGUAACUUCUCCCAUUAAAAUGAAAAUACCCAUCGCAAAUACUGAAAAAUACAUGGCAGAUAAAAAGGAAAAGAGUGGAUCACUGAAAUUACGGAUUCCAAUACCACCCACUGAUAAAAGCACCAGUAAAGAAGAACUAAAAAUGAAAAUAAAAGUUUCCUCUUCAGAAAGACACAGCUCUUCCGAUGAAGGCAGUGGGAAGAGCAAGCAUUCAAGCCCACAUAUUAGCAGAGACUAUAAGGAGAAGCACAAGGAGCAUCCGUCAAACCGCCACCAUACCGGCAGUCACAAGCAUUCCCACUCACAUAGUGGCAGCAGCAGCGGUGGCAGUAAACACAGUGCCGAUGGAAUACCACCCACUGUUCUGAGGAGUCCUGUUGGCCUGAGCAGUGAUGGCAUUUCCUCUAGCUCCAGCUCUUCCAGGAAGAGGCUGCAUGUCAAUGAUGCAUCUCACAACCACCACUCCAAAAUGAGCAAAAGUUCCAAAAGUUCAGGUAGUUCAUCUAGUUCUUCCUCCUCUGUUAAGCAGUAUAUAUCCUCUCACAACUCUGUUUUUAACCAUCCCUUACCCCCUCCUCCCCCUGUCACAUACCAGGUGGGCUACGGACAUCUCAGCACCCUCGUGAAACUGGACAAGAAGCCAGUGGAGACCAACGGUCCUGAUGCCAAUCACGAGUACAGUACAAGCAGCCAGCAUAUGGACUACAAAGACACAUUCGACAUGCUGGACUCACUGUUAAGUGCCCAAGGAAUGAACAUGUAAUAAUUUGUUUAGGUCAAUUUUUCCUUUACUUUUUUAGUUUAAAAAUUAUUAGAAUGGAAAAAUUCCUCCUGAUCUAGCAGUGGCAACACCUGUCGUUGCUGCCACUGCUUCAAUAUUUGUAAGUGCUGCUUUAUUCUUCAUUCUGAAAAGAAGAGAUUAUAGUAAACAAGUCUUUAUCUCCACAUAUGAUAGUGUUAUAAAUACUGUAAAAGCAUGGAAGGUGCAAAACUCAGUAUUUCUACAAUUGCAGCUAAGAACAUUAGGAUGAAUGGCUGGCUGCUUCUAGGAAUAUAAGAUGCCUCAAGCAUUCGUUAUUUAUAAUUUGAAUAUUGUAGCUAUUUUUGUUGCUUGGCUUUUGAAUGAGUGUAAAUUGUUUUUUGUGUAUUUAUACUUGUAUGUAUGAUUUGCAUGUUUCAAUGAUAAAGGGAUAAAACAGUAUACUGACAACUGUUUACAAGAAAGUGGAGAAAAAUGUACAUACAUUUUUGUAUGUUUAGAUAUUACCAUAAAUACUCAGGAUUGGAGCUGCUUGUAAGUAUAACAAUAUACAGAAUAACUUUAUUUUAUCUUGUCAGAGUCCAUCACUAAUCAAAAACAAAGGUGGCACUUUUUUAUGUUAACCUUAAACUCUAGGCCUUACUGGAAGCCACUGAUAGGGGACACUUCACUACCAGAUGUGUAUGCAGUGCCACAGAUGGUCAUUUAUACUGUGAGGCACUGAAAUUUUGCCUUCAGAGGUUCUGACCAGAUUGGCUGCUAAAAUAGCCCCUAACUUUCUGAAGGCUUGAAGAGGAAAAAAUAAAGUUUACAUACUCUUGAUGUGAAGUGCAUUUAAAUGUUUGUUGGCUUGUUGCAGUUCUAUGAAACAGAGCUGUUAAUAAUGGUUAUGUGGAUUACUGUGAUUUGAAAACUAAAUUCACAAUAACUUAACCUAGUAGAGAUACAGUGAGUUGUUUCCUUUAAAGAAUUUUACACUACAUAUUUUAACACUAAACAGGGAUCACUUUUCCUUUAGCAUUCAGAAUGACACUAUAUUCUUAAAUAUACCCCUUCCCUGAAGUGUGUUUGUGUGUGAUGCCAUAUUUCUUUUUCAGGUAAAUGUAGUCUUCCUUAUAAAAACAAAUUAAACCUAUUCUCUCUCAAUUCUUUUAUAUUCUAACAAUAAAUAAAAAAGAAAAGAUCACUGACUGUGCAUUAUACCUGUAUUUAUAUUUUAUGGUUAUCAGGAAGCUCUGUAAGAAAGAAAAGGUCAGCCUCCCAGGCAAACCACUAGUGGAGGUUUUACAUUUGUUUGCACAUCUCGGUAUAUUUCUGUUGAGGUAAAGUUUGCACAGUCAUCUGACUUCUGAUCAAACGUUAGAUUUUAAAACUUGUUUAGAUUUUGUCUUAAACACCAGUAAUAUGGCUCUUGUUUGUCAGCUAAUCUUGAAUUUAUUCUGUGGUAAAUCUUUGAGUUGUUGAGUACAUUUGAGAUGGGUUGGAUUCAACCUCUGUUGAACUGAAAACUUAAUUUCUUCUCUGUAUGAAUUAUUUUUGUUACAAAGCCACUAAUAUGUGCACAAUUGUAAUUUUACUCAAGUGUGUUGUAGUUGUAAAUAUUAGAGUUUAAUCUUGUGCUCUACCUUUAUUUAGCAGUUACCUAAUUUGCCAGUAGCUUUAUAAUUUUUAAAGAUAAUUGUCCAUUAUUUUGUCAAUGUUAUUUGAACUUGAGGUACUUAGGAGCCUCUUUGUGUAGGGACUGUGCCUAGGUAGCAUGUCCUAACAUUUGUUUUUGUCUUGCAUAACUUUGGUAAUCUUUGUCAUUAUAUGUAACUUUGUUGCUCUGUAUGGCAAAAUAUUGUAUCCAUAAACAUGGUAAUUUUGAUACAGUUAUACUUUUACAGUGGUACAUAAUCCAAGGACUAGUAUAGAAUUAAGCCGAGUGCAAGAUGAGGGAGGGAAGGGUUUUCUUGGUAAUUUAGACGUGAAACCUCUACAGAGCUAUCAUGUAAAAACUACAUAAGGUGGUUGUGCUACUGUAUAAUUGGGGGUGAUACUACCAGGAAUUUUAAUAAGAUUUUGUAAAGACUAUCCAGAAAAGUAGUGAACUUAUUUUCAGUAGACAUAGAAAACAAUGUGAAUAUUUAAGGUCUGUGACUAUAGUUAAACACUAAGAAUUUGCAGAAUUGUUUUGAGAUGUGGGAAUAAAGGUAAUUUUGUUUGAAUCUUCAUUGGUGCUAAUGAUGGACAGUUAAACAGAUAGCUAGUGUAUAUUGUUAUGGGUCAGUACUUAUUAGUACUUCCAAAAUUGAAUAUGAAAUGCUAUGUAUUCACUUUUCACUCUGUAAAUGUAAUAAUUCUUUACAAUGACUUUAUUUAUUAAAGGGCAGCCAAUUGUCAUUUUUACAGGAUUGUGUGAGCUAUUCAAACUCUUUAACCCCUGAACAGGAUAUUAAGCUUCCAAAAUAAUGAUGGAGAUAAAUAUGGAAAUCCGUUUUAAGUUUCAUUUCCAUUAAACAAAAACUUAUAAUUCAUACUAUCAUGGAUUUGCUUUAUCCAUCUUAUUUGCAUAACAGUUCAUCUGCCUGGUCCCAUUAGGCUCUACCAAAGAAAAAGACUCUGAUGAAUGGACAUUAUUACUGUGAGUCUUCUUAUAAGUGGCCAUAAAUAAACCAAAAUAGUAUCAUCAAAUUUAGGUAUGAAAUUCCACAUGUGCAAAGUACUGUUAAGGUGAUAACAUUUUUGAUGAGAUUUUAAAAAAAAAUAUUUGAAAUAUUAAAAAGCAUUAUCUUUAAACAUCCUAUAAAA